UAUUUACUGAUUAUGUAACUAUUAUUCAACUAUUUUUCCUUGACAAGGGAUUAAUAUAGCUCAAUGUUGGUAUUAAUGUGGAGUAAUAUGAUGGGUGCUAAGGUAACCAUAAUUAAAAAGCAUACGCAUAUAUAACAAUGAAGUAUCCAACAUUUCUAAUCUUCGUUAGCGACAUUAUCUGUUUAUCAAUAGGUGAAUGGGAGGGGGCCCGUGGAAAUCUUUCUUAACGGGCAUCGAUACAUUUAAACUGUUAGACAAUAUUGUUUUUUUUUUUGUUUUUUUAAUGCAGUGUAUAGAACAAUUAUCGUGAAAAGAGAUGAAUAAUGUACAUUCUUGUAAGUAGUUAAUGUUAUUUCCAAGCUGAUGAUUGUGUUGGCUGAAUUUUUGUUAAGAAGGUUACCUACCUCCUCUCUGACUGUUGUCAGCUGCUCUCACGAAAAUGGCAGCUACUUUAGGAAGGAAUGUGAUAAGAUGUUCUCCUUUAAAUUUAUCAAAUCGACUUGCAUUGAAACAGGUGUCACCUAUAUAUUAUGCCAACCAAGAAAGAAAUGCUUCAAAAUGGUACCCAGAUAUAGAAUUUUUAAAAAAACACCAGGGACCAGUGUUAUAUACCAAUGAGAUCACUUCCAAAUGGCAAAUUACCAAUUACACUGAUGAAGAACCGCCAGUUGAAAAGGCAGUUCGUAAUCUCACUCUCAAUUUUGGACCUCAGCAUCCAGCUGCUCACGGUGUCCUUCGGCUUGUGCUGGAACUUGAUGGUGAAGUAGUAGUUCGAGCUGACCCGCAUAUUGGUCUGUUGCAUCGAGGAACUGAAAAAUUGAUUGAGUAUAAAACUUAUACCCAAGCACUUCCAUAUUUUGAUCGCCUUGAUUACGUGUCAAUGAUGUGCAAUGAGCAGUGCUAUUCAUUAGCUGUUGAGAACCUCUUGAACAUAGAUGUACCUCUACGUGCAAAAUAUAUAAGAGUAUUGUUUGCUGAAAUAACAAGGAUACUCAAUCACAUUAUGGCUGUUGGAACACAUGCUUUGGACAUUGGUGCCAUGACACCGUUUUUCUGGUUAUUUGAGGAAAGGGAGAAAAUGAUGGAGUUUUAUGAAAGGGUUUCAGGAGCUCGUAUGCAUGCUGCCUACAUCAGGCCUGGCGGGGUUUCUUUGGAUUUACCCUUGGGACUUUUAGAUGAUAUUUACGACUUUAUUUCAAAAUUUGCUGAAAGACUUGAUGAGACUGAAGAUAUGCUCACAAAUAACAGAAUUUGGAAGGAGAGGACAAUUGACAUUGGAGUUGUUUCUGCUGAGGAUGCACUUAAUCUGGGAUUUAGUGGUGUGAUGUUAAGAGGCUCUGGAAUCAAAUGGGAUUUAAGAAAGACUCAACCUUACGAUGCUUAUCAUUUGGUAGAUUUUGAUGUUCCCAUCGGGACGAAAGGAGAUUGUUACGACAGGUACCUAUGUCGUGUCGAGGAAAUGAGACAAUCUCUUAAGAUCAUCGAACAGUGCUUGAACAAAAUGCCAGAAGGAGAAGUGAAGACAGAUGACAACAAGAUCUGUACUCCUUCACGACAAGAAAUGAAGACAUCCAUGGAGGCUCUUAUUCAUCAUUUCAAAUUGUUCACCCAAGGUUAUCAAGUUCCUCCGGGCUGUACUUACACUGCUGUGGAGGCACCAAAAGGUGAAUUUGGUAUUUAUUUAGUUUCCGAUGGUGGUUCUAAACCAUACAGAUGCAAAAUCAAAGCACCUGGAUUUGCUCACCUUGCCGCCUUAGAGAAGCUUGGCAAAGGUUCCCUCUUGGCAGACAUUGUAGCCAUUAUUGGUACCUUGGAUGUUGUGUUUGGGGAGAUAGAUCGUUAAACAUAAUUCUAUUUGAGUCAAUACUCACCUGUAGAGGUCAUAUUUUGUCCUGGAGUUUCGACUUGCAGUGAAUUAACUAUCAUAACUAGGUUAAGUCAAAAAAAAAAAAAAAGGAGAACUAAUAAUGAUCUAGUUGUAAAAGAUAUAGUUCAUCUGCUCUGCAAUGAUUUUAAAUUAUUUAAAGUUUUUUUUUUAAAUAAACAUAAAUAUUUAUUUUUCCUUUAAGUUUGAAAUUUGGUAAGUUUUCAAGCUUACAAUCAUAAAUGGAGCAACAUAUGUAAAGUUUGUGUAAAAACUUUGUAUAUAGUUUUUACUUUACAAAAGUUUUAAUUCAUGAAGAUACUUGUGUUGUUUGUAGCAGCAAUGUUUAUUAUUCAUGAACUUUGUAUAUAAAUAAAAAUAUUGAUAUGUG